UCAUGGAACUAAACCCUAACAAACCCCCAAAAUCACAGACAAUGGAGGGAAACGAGGUCUCUUCAAAUCUCUCCGCCUUCUUAAACUCCGGAAUCUAUCAUCUCGAUGGAUCCAACGUCGUCUUCGUGGAUCCAGUUCGGAUCCUUAACGGAUGCUACACCCGCUUUAGGCUCUCUGGCUCCGCUUACUAUUCUCGUAGCUUCAAAUCCAACAUUAAAGCGCAAGCAGUCGAAGAUGCGAUUGAUUCCUCCAAUUCGAAAAAGAAAAAGAGGAAAAGAAAGAGGAAUUCUUGUAGAGUUCUGAACGAAAGGGAAACUGCUGCAGAGAAUCGUCAUCAGGGAGUUAGGCCAUUGUUGUUGAAUGCACACAAUGCACUACUUGAAGUUACAGAUCUCUUGAGAUUUCUUCCUAAUAUUAUGAAGGGCGAGGAAGAUUCAUUUUGUGAUAUGAGAGGAGAAGAACAAAAUUUUAUGGACCUUGCUAGCCAUUCACAGUCUUCCCAUUAUGAGAUAUGUCUUUGUUCUGGCUCGAGAGAUACAAAGGAAGAAGGAGAAGGUUCAUUGCAUGACUACGGAAGAACUGUUCCGUUAUUUUCUAACUUAAUCAGUAAUCAUUUAACUGAUGAAAUCGAGUGUGAAUUCCUCAGCAGGCGGUACAUUGUACCCUGCAGAAGCUGCUUUUACACGUCUGACUUGAGGCAAGUUCGUGACCUCAUUCCAGCUCAAUCAGAUCUUGGCUUUAACCUUAUUGUCAUUGACCCACCAUGGGAGAAUGGAAGCGUUCAUCAAAAAGCAAUGUACCCCACUUUACCUAACCGUUAUUUUCUGUACCUUCCUGUUAAAGAACUUGCCCAUUCAGAAGGAGCCCUAGUGGCUUUAUGGAUGACUAACAGGGAAAAGCAUCGCAUCUUUGUUGAGAAAGAACUCUUUCCUGCUUGGGGAGUCGCACAUGUUACUGUCUUGUACUGGCUGAAGGUAAAACCAGAUGGGUCCCUAAUUGGAGAACUGGACUUGUUUCAUCAUAGACCAUAUGAAAGUCUUCUUGUUGGGUAUGUUAAUACAAAGACUGCUGAUUUGGAAGACCCACCACCCGCGUUUAGAUAUCUGCAGAACAAUCAAGUCUUCAUUAGCAUCCCUGGUGCUUAUUCAAGGAAGCCUCCGUUGGGAAAAUUAAUAGGGGAUCACAUUCCCGGCCCCAAGCCUGCAAAGUGUCUCGAGCUUUUUGCUAGAGAACUGGUAGCUGGAUGGACUUCUUGGGGGAAUGAACCACUUCGGUUUCAAGAUGCAAAAUACUUCACAGAAAAGUAAUUGAUAAUGGUGCCACAUGAUCAUUUCAUCUCGUAUUAUGACUCAAUCAUGUGAAUUAUGCUGGGGAAUUAGCAUCAAUGUCAUUUGUAUCCAUAUGGAUAUUCCAUAACCAAAAUGGAGCUUUGGCCGAUAUAGAGGAGAUUUUGCUAUUUUGGGAAGUUUCAAGUUUUUGGGAGUAUGUCAAGAUUGCAUCAUGAUUGAUUUGGUCAAUCCUGUGAAGCCAAAUGAGGUCUGGUCUGAAAUAAAUGUUGGUGUCAAUGGGGUUGGUGGGGGUGGGGAUGUUGGUAGAUAUCAUUUAUAAGAGGUAUUCAUGCAAUAUCUUCACACAAGCUUCAAAUGAGUUUUAUUGUGCAUGUGGUUAUAUGCAGUUGUAAUCAGAUCAAACUUCGAACAUCUGAGGAACGUUAUUACUUAUCACUCGGAAACUGUCGGUAUAUCUCAUUAGCACUUCUCUCA